UUUCAUACAUGCACCAUAGUUUCUCACCUUCCAAAUCUCCAUUCUGCAAAGAGAAAAAACCCUUUUCAGAAAAACGUAAUACAGUCUCAGCUGGCCAAGGAUCUUUGAUCUUGAAAGGCUAGGUGUGUGACAACCUUAGUUGGUAGUCCUAAGGAGUUGUGCAAGAGUGAUCUUAAUUUGCUGAUGGCAACCCGCAGAUAUGUUUUUGGAAGGGCUGAUGAGGCCACUCAUCCUGACUCCAUGAGGGCCACUUUGGCUGAAUUUGCCUCCACUUUCAUCUUUGUCUUUGCUGGAGAAGGCUCUGGCCUUGCUUUGGUUAAGAUUUACCAGGAUUCAGCUUUCUCAGCUGGUGAACUGUUAGCACUUGCACUUGCCCAUGCAUUUGCUCUAUUUGCUGCUGUAUCUGCUAGCAUGCAUGUAUCAGGUGGCCAUGUCAACCCAGCUGUGACAUUCGGUGCUCUCGUUGGGGGGAGGAUCUCUGUUGUUCGUGCAGUAUACUACUGGGUUGCUCAACUUCUGGGUUCUAUUGUGGCUGCUCUUGUGCUCAGGCUUGUCACUAAUAACAUGAGACCAUCAGGGUUCCACAUAGCACCAGGUGUUGGAGUAGGACACAUGUUUAUACUUGAGAUUGUGAUGACAUUUGGGCUGAUGUAUACUGUAUAUGCUACUGCAAUAGAUCCCAAAAGGGGCGCUGUUAGCAAUAUCGCACCCUUGGCAAUUGGGCUCAUUGUUGGAGCAAACAUCCUUGUUGGUGGGCCAUUUGAUGGAGCAUGCAUGAACCCUGCUCUGGCUUUUGGACCUUCCCUAGUGGGCUGGAGAUGGCACCAGCACUGGAUCUUCUGGGUGGGUCCAUUGAUUGGGGCAGCACUGGCAGCACUGGUGUAUGAAUAUGCUGUGAUCCCAAUUGAACCUCCCCCACACCACCACCAGCCCUUGCCUUCUGAAGAUUACUAAGUUGUUUCUACCAGUUGUUGCAUUUGUGCAUCAAAAUGUGUUAUCAGUUGCUUUUUGUCAUCUAAAUAUAAUGGUAUGCUUUUGUUUUCCUGUGUUUUUUCAGCCAGCCUUCUACUUGAGUGGUUACUAGGCUUCUGCAUGUGCAUGUUUAUUUUCUUGUUUUGGGGUCACAACUUCCAAAAUCCCAGUUGAGUGUGUAGCUGUUGUAUUUACACACUGAAUAAAAUGUGCGAAACCGUAUGUUGUGUAGC